AUGAGUCCUGUUGAAAGUGUGCCAAUUGCAAUAUUGAAUCACAUAGACGAAUAUGUUGAAUUAUUGUAUGAUGAUAUUCCUGAAAAAAUUAAAGGCUCAGCCUUGAUUUUACAGCUUGCUAGAAAUCCUGAAAACUUAAUAGAACUGGCUAGAAAUGAGGCAUUGUUGAGUGCUCUAUCCCGUGUUUUGAGAGAGGAAUGGAAACGGAGCAUUGAAUUAAGCACAAAUAUAGUUUACACCUUUUUUUGUUUUUCAACAUAUAUUGAAUUCCAUUCUGUUAUAAUUCAGUACAAAAUUGGCUCACUUUGUAUGGAUGUAAUAGAUUAUGAGCUAAAGCGUUAUGAUCAGUGGAAGGAAAAAGUAGAUGGAAAGAAAACAGCACUUACUCCAGAUAAGAAUGAAAUACCUAAAAGUCGCAUACCAGAACCUAAACGGCGUCCUAAGUCUGGCACAUGGGCAGUAGCUGAUGUAAAUCUACAAAAAGCUAGGUCAUUAGUAUCUAGCUACCAUGAAGAUUUAUGUAACGCAUCUGAUGAACUUUUGUCUAAAAAUGAUGAGGAGCAACUGAAGAGAAAACUUAAAGCUUUAUCAAAAAGACAGGAGCAACUUUUACGUGUGGCGUUUUAUAUGCUGCUUAAUAUCGCAGACAAUGUUAAAGUGGAGGAGAAAAUGCAUAAGAAAGACAUUGUUGGCCUGCUCAUUGGUGCAAUGGAAAGACAUUCCAAUAUAGAUUUGCUGAUUUUGAUUGUUUCAUUUCUACAAAAACUUUCGAUUUUUAUUGAGAAUAAAACCUCCAUGGGUACAAAGGGGAUUAUUGAAAAGCUAGCUCCACUUUUAGAUUCGCCUAAUCCAGACUUGGUCAAUGUCACUUUAAAGCUUUUGUUUAAUCUGACCUUUGACACUAAGUUACGGAACAAAAUGAUAAAGUUGAAUAUGUUACCGAAAUUUAUUCAGUUUACAAGUGAUGAUAAACAAAUAACAUUGGCUAUGAAAAUAUUGUAUCACCUAAGUAUGGAUGACCGUGUUAAGGUGCUGUUUACGCAGUCGGAUUGUGUGAAACUGCUGACAGACAUGUUGCUGUUAAACGUAAACAGUGAUAUGAGCGGGGAAGCGGGCCCGGGGACAACCGAUGUGCUGCUAGCGCUGUGCGUCAACCUCGCUUGGAACGAGCGCGCUGCUCAACAGAUGACCUCCGAGGGGAGACUGCGGGAAAUUCUCGCGAGGGCAUUUAGACACCGCAACGCGAUGCUGAUGAAGCUAGUCAGGAAUCUGUCGCACCACGGACAGAACAAACUUCUCUUUGUGGAGUUUGUAGGAGAUUUAUCCGGGGCGAUCACGAGUGGCGAAGCUCCAGAGGAGUUCGUUAUCGAAUGCCUUGGGACGCUGAGCAACAUACUGAAUCCGAACAACAACAUAGACGUCUUUGCUGUCGUCGAAAGAUAUAACCUGAUCCCAUAUAUUAUGAAGGUGUUGGACCCAGGUGAGAAGUGCGAUGGUGAAGUGGUGCUAGCUGGAGUGGUGUUGGCGGGAGCGAUUUGCGUCGAAGAGCGGUGCGCGUCUGCCCUAGCCGGGGCGGGAGGCGGACACGCGUUAGUUGCAUCCCUACGUCACCGACAGGCAGACGAUGAGCACGUACUACAGACGGUGUUUGCGUUCCGGCAAAUGCUGUCACAUCCGCGAGCUGCUGAGCAUCUUGUCGCCAACACGGAGGCGCCAGCUUACCUCAUUGAUCUUAUGCAAGAUAAGAAUGUUGAGAUAAGAAAAAUGUGCGACUCCUGCCUCGAUAUUAUAUCCCAAAUGCAGAACGAAUGGGCCACGAGGAUCAAGGUUGAGAGAUUCCGAUGUCACAAUGGGCAGUGGCUGUCUGUAGUUGAGACAUUGGGAGCUGAAGGCGGUGCCGGCGAUGCGGCAGACGACUUGCCGCCGUAUCUCUCUGCAGAGUAUUUAACCACACACCGCCUCACAACUUCAGAUUCACAAGCUUCACUUAACGACGACACUGAUAGCUUUUCGGGCGAAGACUACAAUAGAGCUAAUAGUCGAAACACGCAAGACGGCCAGUCCGACGACCUGGGUAUGUCCGAUUCACUAUCAGGCAAGACGCUGGACGACGAUGCUCAGUUUUCGAAAAAUCUAAAUGUAUUUGCUUAA